AUGAGAGAGUGCAUAUCGAUCCACAUUGGUCAGGCCGGUAUUCAGGUCGGAAAUGCAUGCUGGGAACUUUACUGCCUUGAGCAUGGCAUUCAGCCUGAUGGCCAGAUGCCAGGCGACAAGACAGUUGGAGGAGGUGAUGAUGCAUUCAACACCUUCUUUAGUGAAACUGGAGCAGGAAAGCACGUCCCUCGUGCUGUCUUUGUGGAUCUUGAGCCUACUGUCAUUGACGAAGUCCGGACAGGAACAUACAGGCAGCUCUUUCACCCUGAGCAGCUCAUCAGUGGCAAGGAAGAUGCAGCUAACAACUUUGCCCGUGGACAUUAUACAAUUGGAAAGGAGAUAGUUGAUCUCUGCUUGGACCGUAUCAGGAAGCUUGCUGAUAACUGUACUGGUCUUCAAGGUUUCCUUGUUUUCAAUGCUGUUGGUGGUGGAACUGGUUCAGGUCUUGGAUCUCUUCUGCUGGAGCGUCUCUCUGUGGACUAUGGCAAGAAGUCAAAACUUGGUUUCACCAUUUAUCCAUCACCACAGGUUUCAACCUCUGUGGUUGAACCUUACAACAGUGUCCUGUCAACUCACUCCCUUCUGGAGCACACUGAUGUCGCAAUUCUUCUUGACAAUGAGGCUAUCUAUGACAUUUGCAGGCGCUCAUUGGACAUUGAGCGCCCCACAUACACCAAUCUGAACCGCCUUAUUUCACAGGUUAUUUCCUCACUGACUGCUUCUUUAAGGUUUGAUGGAGCCCUGAAUGUUGAUGUGAAUGAAUUCCAGACCAACCUUGUUCCCUAUCCCAGGAUUCAUUUUAUGCUUUCAUCCUAUGCUCCUGUCAUUUCAGCUGAGAAAGCCUACCACGAGCAGCUUUCAGUUGCUGAGAUCACCAACAGUGCUUUUGAGCCAUCUUCCAUGAUGGUCAAGUGUGAUCCUCGCCAUGGUAAGUACAUGGCUUGCUGCCUUAUGUUCCGUGGUGAUGUUGUGCCAAAGGAUGUGAAUGCUGCUGUGGCUACCAUCAAGACUAAGCGCACCAUCCAAUUUGUUGACUGGUGCCCUACUGGAUUCAAGUGUGGUAUCAACUAUCAGCCACCAACUGUUGUUCCUGGAGGUGAUCUUGCUAAGGUGCAAAGGGCUGUUUGUAUGAUAUCCAACUCAACCAGUGUUGCUGAGGUCUUCUCACGCAUUGAUCACAAGUUCGAUCUGAUGUAUGCCAAGCGUGCUUUUGUGCACUGGUAUGUUGGUGAGGGUAUGGAGGAAGGUGAGUUCAGUGAAGCACGUGAAGAUCUGGCUGCUCUGGAAAAGGACUACGAGGAGGUUGGUGCUGAAUUGGACGAAGGCGAAGAUGAUGAUCAUGAGGAAUACUAA